AUGGAUGAGCCGAUUCCCGCAGCCGAACAGUCAAACUACGAAACCUUCCGUGACUGCCUGAGCGAACCGGUUUUACGAGCUCUGGCAGCACCAGUCGAAGAGCAAAAGCCGAAGAAAAGAAGACAUGCGAAGAGGAGCUCGAAAAGCAAGAUUGCUGGCGCUGUAGAGAGGGGCAAGGCGCAGACGAAUACCAAUGGCAGUGUCGAAGCGACAGAAGCCCAAGCAUCCGACGCAGAGGACUUGGGAGACUUCAUCGAGUAUCUAAGCGCCCUCAUCUUCGCCUCCCUCCCCCCAGACCUCCGAACCCUAUCCUACUCCAAGUACAAAGACUCUACGCGUCUACAAGAUCUCUACACGACACCCCUCUCUGCAUCAACAUACACGCUCGUCCUAAACACCAUCUCCCCAACUGUAAUCGACAGCCUCGAAUCUUACGCCCUCCUCCCACCCGCCGCAGACGCAACCGAUCUACGAAACCUCCUCCUCCCCGUUCUCACAGCAUACACUACAGCUGCAACAGCCCCGCCGCCUAUAUGGAGCUCGACGCGCACAACAGCGUGUGAGCUGUGUGGCAGAGAUUGGGUGCCGCUGACUUAUCAUCAUUUGAUACCCAAGAGUGCGCACGAGAGGGUGUUGAAGAGAGGGUGGCAUACUGAAGAGAUGCUGAAUAGUGUGGCGUGGUUGUGUAGGGCGUGUCAUUCGUUUGUGCAUAGAUUGGCGAGUAAUGAGGGGCUGGCGAAAGGCUUCUAUACGCUUGAGCUGAUUAGAGAGGGUGGGGUGGAGGGGGACGCGGAUAAGAGAGCGGAGGUCGAGGGUUGGGUUCGGUGGGUGGGUGGUGUGCGGUGGAGGAGUCGGUGA